AUGGGUUGGCAAGAAAAAUCCAAAGAGUUCUUCUUCAACUAUGUUAUUACUAUCUACACCCCUAGAACAAUCUUCCACCUCCUCACCAUCUCAAUCCUCACUCUUCUCCUCCCUCUUUCUUUUCUUCUCUUAUCUAGUCUCUCCGGUGCUAAAUUCCACCUUGAAACUCAUUCACUACAAGAACACUUACCCUAUAUUUUCUCUUUUGCUAUACACACCUCCCCAUGUAUUCUCUAUGUUCUUGUUUCCAUUGUAAGUGUAGCUACUUUGAUCAAUGGGCUAAUGGGAAAAAUCACCGUUUUGAAUGAUUCAUCAAACUCUAUACUUCUUCGAACUCGUCUUUACAUAUCAUGGAAAUGGAUUCUUCUAUGCAUUUUUCAAAUUUGUGUUGGUCUAGGAAUUGAAGCAAGCAUUGCAGCCGGAGUUUUCGACUCUGACGAGGAUGUUUUCGUUGAAGAUGUUGUUGAGAGAAGCUUUUUAAGCAGAAUGAUAUUUCUGUUGGGGUUACACGAAACGACGCAAAUUUGGUCAAAGGUUGUUGUGAGACCAGUGGUGGAUGACACUGUUUUUGGUAAUGGAAAAAGAGAGGGACUAUGGGUUGAGAAAGUGGUUGUUGCUGGUUGUUUAGGAACAUUGUGGUGGUGGAAGUUGAGAGAGGAGAUUGAGAAUUUGGGUGUUAUAGGUGAAACAGAAAAAGAACAAUUGAUGGAUGUUGGAAUAGAGGAAUUUGUUGGAUGGUGGUUGUAUUAUUUAACUGUUACAAAUGGAAUGGUGAGAAUUGUGAAAGGUGUUAUGUGGAUUUUCAUGGUUUCUUUGUGUAGAAGAAGGGUAAUAGAGGUUUCUGAGGUGGAAUUGGAACAGAAUCAGAAUGAUGAAAAGGUUUAA